CACUCCAUCUUAAUGCUUUAUUCAUCCGGUCCAAAACCCAACAACCAAGUAGUAACUUUUCGUCUAAACCCAAAAAGGUCUAAUCGAAAAAUCCUGCACACACUUCAAAAGAAUGGUGAUUUGUAGGAAGGGGCAGACAUUAUUUUCAAGCUCAAUCUCCCAUGGCUAUCUCUUCAAAUCACCCUUAAUCCUUCACAUAUACACUACCCUUUCAUCUUUCCACGAUACAGAUGAUGGACCUCCAAAACCCCAUUCAGCUGUUGUUGAAUUCUUGAUGGAUUCAGUGGGUUUCACAAGAGAAACAGCCAUCGCCGCUUCGAAUAAGGUACCAUCUCUCAAAUCCACUAAGAACCCUGAAUUAGUUAUCAAUAUCUUCAAACAAUAUGGUUUAGACAAUACCCAUAUGAAACAAAUCAUUUCUUGCGCCCCCAAAAUACUAAAUUGUAGACCCAACACAAACCUAGAACCCAAGUUUAGGUUUUUUCGGGAUAACGGAUUUUCCGGGUCGGAUUUAGUUGACUUAAUUAAAAGGAACCCAUAUCUUCUUGUAGCUGGGCUAGAUACACACAUCAUUCCUUUUAUUGGUAUCAUUAGAAAAUUAGUGGGUACCAAUGAAGAAGCCAUGGAAGUUGUCAAGAAAUCAAAAAGUUUGUUUUUAAUUACAUCACCCGCUUACUUGAAAAAAAUGUCAUCCAAUGUCUUUGAAUUGCAAAAUCGAGGGUUGUCAAAUAAGAAAAUUGUAUAUUUAGUUAGUACUCACCCUAGAAUUGUUGUUUUAACACCGUUAGUUUUUAGGCAUCGAAUUGGUUGGAUUGUAGAAAAAUUAGGAAUUCCUGAGACUUCUCCAAUGUUCGUCUAUGCGAUUGCUGCAACUGUUGGAUCUAGUAAACUGAGUUUAGAAAAGAAACUCGAUAUCCUUAGGAGCUAUAAAUGGGGUGAAGAAGAAAUAGCUACAUUUGUGAGGACUUUUCCUACGUAUUUUGGUUACUCAGAAGCUAAAAUAUGUGAUGCGUUGAACUUUUUCAUGAAAGACCUCCGGUUUGCACCAGCUUACUUAGUUACUAACAAUUUCCUAUUGGGUUUGAGCUUGGAGAAAAGGGUGAAACCAAGAUGUAAGGUAUGGGAAAUGCUGAAAGACAAGAAGCUAAUACCUAGCAAACCUAGUCUUGCUUCACUUCUCGUAUAUUCAGAAUUGAAAUUUCUAAAGUUUUUGGAACGGUUUGAGAAUGAGUUGCCUGGUUUGAUUGAAACCUACACCAAUAGCAACGGGAAAACGCAAACUAAAAAGGGUAUGGCUUGACAAGUUAUCUUUGUGAAUUGGGCGUAGUAAAAGACUUCAGGUUUUCUCUUCUCAGAUGAUGUAACACUUCAUUAAGACGAAGAAUAUUGUGUUUCCGCUUGAAGAUGGGUGAGCAGCAUGUUCUAUUUCGGAAAGUAGUUUCACUGAGCUAAUGAACUUUCUUAGUUAUAGGUGAUUGUGGAGAUAGAACACUUUUUUCAAGGAUUUCUUUGAUGUCGAGGCAGCCAACUAGCCAUCAAAGAGGUAAAGCAAAAGUGGUUUGGGAUAUUGUUUGCUCCCCAAAACAAGAAGGGGGUCUUGGAAUUUGGCGAUUGCAGGGAAUUACUAUUUCUCUCAUUUGUGUAUAUAUAUGAAAUUUGAUUUCUUUAAAGGAAUCGUUGUGGGUUGAUACAUACACACAAACCGAGAGGUAUUAGCUUUUGGGAAGUACCUUGUCGUGGUAGUAUGUCAUGAAGCUGAAGGAAAUUAGUUCAUGCUCGGCCUUUAGUUUGUGAAUAUUUUUGAUAUAAACUUGGAAAUGGAAAUAGUGUUUCGGCCUAAUAUGACAACUAGUGUGUUAAUUCGCCUUCGAGUAAAAAAAUCACUUCAAGAAUGGUAACUAGUGUUGGCCACCUGAUUGGAAGGAAAGAUUUCCAAAUGUUGAUCCUCUUUCCUUAUUGAUUCUGAACGUGAUAUAUUACAGUGGAAGGAUAGAAAGGGAAUGAUCCGUGAGUUCUCAGUUGCUGUUGUGUGUGAUGAUUUAAGACCAAGGGAUGUUGAGGUUGCUUGCCAUCAACUGAUUUGGUAUUCUCAAAGUAUUGUCACCAAAGCUGGUCCUAUCCGCUACCACGUACUUCAUCUGGCAAGAAAGGAAUCCGAGACUCUUCAACAAGAAAAGAUUAGAAUACCAACUUAUUCAAAAGAUUUUUGCAACUGUUCAAUAAAGAAGCCUUGGUGUCUUUGCUUACUACAAUGUAAUAAUAGGUUGUUCUGUUUAUUUGUUUCUAGUCGUUUAUGCCAUGUCACCUUAUACCGUUUUGUGUUAUGAUGAGUCGAGUUGAUAUUCCGUCAAUCCGCCUAUAACUUGUAUUGUUUUGAUGUUACUUUAAAUCCAUCUACUUUUAAUUCAAAAUUUGUUCGGAUUGUAGAAGAA